AUGGAGCUGGUGACUGGAGCCAUGGGCAGCCUAAUCCCCAAGCUCAAGGACCUGCUCAAGGAGGAGUACAAGCUGCAGACAGGAGUCAAGGAUCAAGUCAGGUCUCUCGAGCUGGAGCUCGAGAGCGCCCACGCUGCGCUCCACAAGGUGGCCAAGGCAUUAUGA